CCGCUACGAGAGGGAUACUUCCCUAUUUCCCUUUGUUUGCCAAAAGGAUAAAGCCAACCAGCACAGAAAAUAAUUGAGCUUACUACAAUACUACCCUCGACGGAACCUCGAUCGUUCGCUCCGAUCUUCCCGCCGGAAUCAUGGAUAUGAAGGCUUGCUUAAUUAUUUUCAUACUAGGUGUUACUUGUAGUGCCAGAGAUUUAGCAGCUCCUUAUCUUCGUACAGAAAUUGUAAAUAUUCCAGAGAGGGGCAUUCUAGCUGCUAAAGAAGCCAGUGGAAGUGAUAUAGUUUGCAAGAUGUGUGAAGAAUUCACAUCUGAGGCCAUCACUUACCUUAACAAUAACAAGACCCAAGAAGAAAUUAUUAAUCUCCUCCUUAAGUCUUGCCCCAAGUUGCGCAUGUAUGAGCAGCAGUGCGUCACAUUGGUGAAUUAUUACGGUCCUCUCUUCUUCCUAGAGGUAUCCUCAGUAGAGCCUGAGCAGUUCUGUAAAAAGGCAGCCAUGUGCCAGAAAGUCACCUUAACUUCUCAGAAAUUUUUUAACAACUGCAAUUUGUGCCAUCAAACUGUUUCCGAGGCCUUGUUGAAGUUGAAAGAUCCAGAUACACAGUUAGAAAUACUAGAGCUGCUCCUAAAGGCGUGUGAUUCUGCAAAGAACUAUUCCAAAAAGUGUAAGCAACUGGUCUUUGAGUACGCUCCUGUCAUCCUCGUAAAUGCCGAACAGUUUCUUGAGGCCAAUGACAUAUGCACUGCUAUCCACGCAUGUGAUGGACCAGAACCGGAGACGGAUGCUUCCAUGCAUUCUGCAUCUUAGGGAAAAACAAGAAAAAAGAAGCGUUUCCACGCCUUAUUCGCGUUGUAUGUAAACUAUUGUGCACUUCAUCGCCUUGUGGUGUCUGUAUUGGGCAAAGUAGAUUUGUGUUCUGUGUGUGAAGCGUUCUUUCUUAACACUUCUGUUUUUAAACACCCUCCCUCUGUACAUUCCUAUGUCAAUAUUUUACCGCCCUUUAUUAGUUUCUCAUGGAUCAAUUAUUUAUAAUACCCUCACUUCUAUUUUGAUCGGGACUCGUAAAUUAUUUUGUGGAUAUGAAGGUCAGGUUU